GCCGCUGCGACAGGAGCAAGGCCGGGCGGGUGGCCGGCCGCCGCCACCCGCCGCGGGACGGGACGGGUCACGCCACUCCGCACCACGCGGAUUAGAUAAAGCUCCCAGAUAUUUUUCCCCUACUUUUCCCACGGAACAGCGAGGCUGAGUGUGUGCCACCAUGGCAGAGAAAGUGAACAACUUCCCUCCCCUGCCGAAGUUCAUCCCCUUGAAGCCAUGUUUCUACCAGGACUUUGACGCAGAGAUCCCGCCGCAGCACCGCACCAUGGCCAAGCGGCUUUACUACCUCUGGAUGUUGAACAGCAUCACCUUGGCGGUGAAUCUCGUUGGCUGCCUCGCAUGGCUGAUUGGAGGCGGUGGAGCUGUUAAUUUUGGACUGGCAAUUCUCUGGCUCAUUCUCUUUACACCCUGCUCCUAUGUCUGCUGGUUUAGACCUAUUUACAAAGCUUUCAAGACAGACAGUUCCUUCAGCUUCAUGGCCUUCUUCUUCACUUUCAUGGCCCAGCUGGUGAUCAGCAUCAUCCAGGCGGUGGGAAUCCCUGGCUGGGGUGUCUGUGGCUGGAUUGCAGCAAUUUCCUUCUUCGGGACCAACGUGGGGUCGGCCGUGGUGAUGCUGAUCCCCACCAUCUUGUUCACGGGAAUGGCAGUGUUUUCAUUCAUCGCUCUCACUAUGGUGCAUAAGUUUUACCGAGGGAGUGGCGGGAGCUUCAGCAAAGCGCAGGAGGAGUGGACCACAGGGGCAUGGAAGAACCCUCACGUGCAGCAGGCAGCACAGAGCGCAGCCAUGGGGGCGGCACAGGGGGCCAUGAUGCAGCAUGACACGCAGUACUCAGCCACCCCGAACUACACCUACUCCAACGAGAUAGUUUGAUGGGAGCAUGGAACCCUUCUCCUCACCAGAGCCAGGGGCUCCUGCAGAGGAGAGCUCAUCUGGGCUGCAGAAAAAAC